AUGUCCCGCCGCGCGAGCGCCGCCCGCGACAGGUGCUUGGAGCUGGAGCGCGCCAUCGCUGCCCGCGUCCGCUCGGGAAACCUUGGCCUAGAUGACGCCGUCAAGCUGUUCGAUGAAUUGCUGCACCACGCUAGGCCAGCCUCGGUGAUCGCCAUCAAUCAGCUCCUCACCUUUGUCUCUCGCGCUCAAGGAAGGGGCUCCUCAACCUCUGCGCUCGUUGUAUCACUCUUCAACCGGAUGGCCCGUGCCUCCCCGAAAAAGGUGGGUCCCGAUGGGUUCACCCACAGCAUCCUCAUCGGUUGCUUCUGCUGCAUGGGACGCAUGGAGCUUGGUUUCGCUGCCUUUGGCCUCAUCCUUAAGACAGGCUGGAGGGUGGAUGGCAUAGUCAUCAAUCAACUGCUCAAAGGUCUGUGUCACAGUAAGUGCGCGUCUGAAGCCAUGGACAUAAUGCUCCGACGAAUGCCUGAGUUUGGCUGCACGCCGAAUGUAGUUUCAUACAACAUAAUUCUCAAGGGCUUAUGCGAAGAAAAGAGAGCUGAGGAGGCGCUUCAGCUUCUCCACAUGAUGGUUGAUGAUGAAUGUGGUAGCUGCCCACCAAAUGUCGUGUCGUACAACACCGUCAUCAAUGGCUUCUUUAGAGAUGGCCAGGUCGAUAGAGCUUACAACCUAUUUCGUGAAAUGGAUGACCGGGGGAUUUUGCCGACUGUUGUGACCUACACCACAGUUAUUGAUGGCCUGAGCAAAGCUCAAGCAGUUGACAGGGCCGAGGGUGUUCUUCAGCAGAUGAUUCAUAAAGGUGUCAAGCCAGACAUUCAGACAUAUAACUGUCUCAUCCAUGGAUAUUGCUCUUCAGGACAGGGGAAAGAGGUGGUUCGAAUGCUCAAAGAAAUGUCCGCACAUGGUCAUCAGCCAAAUGUUGUCACUUGGAGUUUGCUGCUGGAUUAUCUUUGCAAGAGUGGAAGAUGCACAGAGGCUAGAAAGAUUUUUGAUUCUAUGAUUGAAAAGGGCACAAAACCUAAUGUAACUACAUAUUGCACUCUGCUUCAUGGUUAUGCUACCAAAGGAGCUCUUUCUGAUAUGCAUCGCCUCUUGGAUUUAAUGGCAGGAAGUGGUAUUUCACCUAACCAUCAUACCUUUAACAUAAUUCUCUGUGCGUAUGCUAAAGGUGGUAUGAUAGAUGAGGCAAUGCAUAUAUUUCACGAAAUGAGGCAGCAAGGGUUGAAUCCUAAUGUUGUCACCUAUUCAACAAUAAUAGAUGCACUUUGCAAGUUGGGAAAAGUGGACGAUGCUAUGCUUAAGUUCAAUCAGAUGACCAAUGAAGGGGUGACUCCUGAUAUUGUUGUUUUUUGCUCACUAGUUUAUGGACUGUGCACUGUUGAUAAAUGGGCGAAGAUUGAUGAAUUAUUUUCUGAAAUGCUAAAUCAAGGGAUCCAUCCGAAUGCCACGUUCUUCAACACAAUAAUGUGUAACCUUUGCAGAGAAGGACGGGUCAUGGAAGCCCAGAGUCUCCUUGACUUGAUGGUGCGUGUAGGUGUGAGACCUGAUGUUAUCUCGUAUAAUACAUUAAUUGAUGGCUACUGCUUAUCUGGUAGGAUGAAUGAAGCUUUGAAGUUACUUGAUGCUAUGGUCCGAGUUGGCUUGAAACCAGAUGCCUUUUCUUUUAAUACUUUGCUUCAUGGCUAUUGUAGAGCUAGCAGGAUAGAUGAUGCUGUUAGACUAUUCAGAGAAAUGUUAAGCAAUGAAAUUAGGCCUGGAAUUGUCAGCUAUAACAUCAUACUUCAUGGUUUAUUUCAGUCUGGGAAGUUUUCUGAAGCAAAAGAUUUCUAUCUCAAUAUGAUCAAAAGUGGAAUGCAGUUGAACAUUUACAUGUACAACACAAUUCUGAAUGGUCUUUGCCAAAAUAAAUGUGUUGAUGAAGCAUUCAAAAUAUUUCAGAGUCUAUGUUCUAAGGAUUUUCAACUUGACAUCAUUACCUUCAACAUUAUGAUUGAUGCUUUGCUCAAAAGUGGCAGAAAGGAAGAUGCUAUGGAUAUGUUCACUGCUAUCUCUGCCCAUGGUUUAGUCCCAAAUGUUGUGACCUAUCGCUUAAUGAUACAAAAUCUCAUUAAAGAAGGGUUGCUAGAAGAGUCUGACAAUCUGUUUUUAGCAAUGGAAAAGAGUGGAUGCACUCCAGACUCAUGUAUGCUAAAUUCUCUUGUUAGGAGGUUGUUGCAUAGAGGUGAGAUAAUGAGGGCUGCGGCUUACCUGUCCAAAAUUGAUGAGAUGAACUUGUCAGUUGAGGCAAGCACUGCUUCCUUGCUAAUAUCAGUUUUCUCGAGGAAGGAAUAUCAGCACCAUGCAAAGUCCCUUCCUGAAAAGUAUCAUAUUCUUAAGGAGAUCAAUAGUUGA